GCCCGCAGCCCCGCCCUUCCCCCAGACAUCUAGGAGCGGGGAGGUGUGAACGGCCUCCUUUGUGCCUCUGAACGGAGGCAAUUAGGCGCUGCUUAUCUGGGAAUUAGUCGUCCCAGCAAACCGGGCUUCCGCCCCCUCCUCCUGGGCGUAUAAAUGGCGGAGCCCGCGGUGCCACCCGCGCCUGGCCAGCCCCGCCUGGCCUUCCCUCCGGCCCACCUGGCCGCCAUGCGUCUCUCCUCCUCCCCACCUCGUGGCCCGCAGCAGCCCUCCAGCUUUGGCUCGGUGGACUGGCUCUCCCAGAGCAGCUGCCCGAGGCCCACCCACACCCUCAGGCCUGCCAACGCCUCCCCAGGGGUCCUGCCUGGCCUGGGCCAGGCACCAGCUACCCGGGAGCCCCCUCAGGCCAUCAGCAUGGAGGAGGCUAGGUCCCCACAUCUGCCUGUGCCGCAGAGGACUGUGGCUGGGUUGAGUGGGGAGCCAAACCCCUGGCGGGCUCCUGUCCACACAGCCUUCAGCACCAAGCAGGUCCGCGCCCUGGAGGGCGUCUUCCAGCACCACCAGCACCUGGGCCCUCUGGAGCAGAAGAGGCUGGCCAGGGAGGUGCAGCUCUCAGAGCUCCAGGUAAAAACCUGGUUUCAGAAUCGCCAGAUGAAGCACAAACGGGAGGUGCAGGAUGCCCAGCUGAACAGCCCCUUUUUGGGGUCUCUCCACCUGCCCCCGGCUCCCCACUCACCGUCUCCUGGCCUGGCCAGUGACCUGCAGCUGCUGUGCCCCUGGGCACCCCUGCCCAGGCCCCAGGCUCUGAUGCUGCUCCUGGGCUCCUUCUGGGGUCUCUGCCAGGUGGGACAAGAGGCCCUGGCCUCUGCCUGGCCAUCCUGCUGCGGGCAGCCCCUGGCAUACCACCUCAGCCCAGGACAUGGCGUGCAAACUCGGGGACCAGUGCUGUCCAUGGGGCCCUGAGGCCUGCGUGCUCUGCCUCAGACGGGGGAUGCAUUUUGA